UCCCGAUCGUAAUCUGUUUGUGUUUGAUGUUAUAGGUUUUAGUUUCCUAUGGUUGAUUAAACCGAGUUGAUUGGUCAUCAUAGGCAUAUGAACUCCUUCACGCAUGACUGGUUACUUUUGAUAGUUGAAGUCUGAUAUUAAUCAUGGAUAGUUCCCACUGAGAUUCGAUCUCUGUGGCCAUAACUUCAAACGCUGGAGCACUAUGGGAUACGCUACUGAAUUUGUUUGUCUGCUUUGUCUGGGUUCUUAUUAAGCUCUCUUGUCGAGUGACAUUUCAGUCUUCUAACCCGACGAUUCGAAAAGGUUGUUUAAAUUCUCAUAUCUGUAGCUUAGUGUCCGAACAAAGUGUUUUUCCACUUAAACCAGAAAUACUAAAAUUGAAAAAGUCUAGCAAAUUGAUGGAAGAUUAAUAACUCACUGAAGAGAAUGAAGCAAUGAGUAAGACCACUGUGAAUCAGUCGAGCAAAGUGGUCGGUCAACCUCUCAACAAAACACCUGAUUUCGAUCGAUUUAAAGGUGCUCAAGAACUAACUAAACUUCUAAGUGAUUUAAAUCUGAAACUAAUAGUCAUAAGUAGAAAUUCAAGGUACUUUUAAGAUUCAUAAACAAGGUUAUCCUAUUAGAGCGAUAGUUAGCUUCAGAAAAUAACUAACGUAUGAAUCGAUUACGAUAUCAUAUCCUAUUAGAAAUCGCUUAACGUCUAGGUUAGGCCAUCUCUUUGGAUUGAGACAGAAACGAGAUUGCAAGAGUUUUGUGCAGCAGAAUACACCCAUAUAAUCACAAGGAAAUGCAAACAAGACGUUUGCAGCGAAAGAAAAACACUUUUUUCGAUGAAGUCAUAUGCUAAGCUGCACAUUCCUGAGUACAUAUUACAAAGGAUAGAACAUUCAAGGGUUAUCUCCAGUCAUAGGUCAAAAUAUAUUGAAUAACAAGGAAAAGCUACCUAAUACAAAUGAGGAUUUAGAAUAGGAAAAUAAGUAGGAGAUUAAGAAAUUAAAUACAAUUAAGUAACAUGGAAUUUUUCUAGGACAUCCGAUGGCCAUGGCAAAGGUUAAAUGUACUUUUUCUAGACGCAGCACCGGUUUGAAAUUCUAUAUUUCUAGCAUUUCAACUAUGCUCACAUCCCUUGGUCUGACUCCCUUUGUGUCGCUCCAUCAAACCCUGUAGAUGAUUUCGAAAGAUUUCUCAAAUGAAGCUAAGUUACCUGAAUUCUCAAAGUGUUCUGUUGUUGAGCUGAAGAUAUAUCUCCGUUCUCGCCUUGCUGGUCAGGCCGGGUAGUGUUUUACAAGCGGCCGCAGAUUACGGCCAAUGCACUCAGCUCCACAGUAGCAAGCAAACUGGUAUUUACAUAUUUAUCUGCCCCAACAUGUCAGCUUGGCUUUCACACUGACAUUAAAGCUUUUGCAGGAGAAAUUUAUUUGAAGGUUGGUGGUAACGUGUGUUCCACUUAAAAUCGUGGUAAUCAUCUUCUGCAGCAGCGUUGUUUUUGAAUUCAAGUUAGAGAUAAUGAAUCUUUUUUCGACACUUAAUGUGUUCGUUCACUUGUGCUCUUUGGCAUCAUAAUCAUCGGCAUUCUUAGUUGACGUUUUCACAUGUUAACGUAGCUUCAUUUACUUAUAUCCUAUCUUGUCCCUUUUAUUCUCUCCUGGAACGAAAAAGUUUCUUACAGUUUGAUCGACAUUUUAUCAUUUCAACUAUUUUUCACACUGUGAAAUGUCAGUAUCUUUUAUUAUCCUCAAAACAUGAAUUGACAUCUUGAAGUCCUUUAUGUCACUUGUUCUUUAUUACAUUAGUCAAUCUGGGAUCGUUAUGUGUCCUCUUUUCAUGUGAUUCACUUAUCAUGUUAAACAACUGUUACUACUUUAACUGUUUGCUACUGUUGAUAUUUAAUGCUUAUGAUGGUAUAAUAAUAGAAGCCUGUUCACGUUUACAUGAGUCUUACUUUCAUAUCGAUUUAUUGAGAUUAUCUGUGAUUUGAUUUGUCUAGAUUUCUACUGACACUGAAUUGUGUAGUAAGCAUGUGAUACAGUCUCAUGAAUUGAUCAAUGUUUAUCAUAGUGUAUCGAUUAGCUGUGAAGAAGGAUUUUGGAAGCAGACAAGUUGCUUAGGUAAAUGUGAUGUGAAUAUUUGGGAAUUAAGGUGAAGUAGGAUGUUAUGAAUGAAUGAUUGCUUUUGUGAUACGCCGUUUGAUGUGAAACUGGUCUGAGGUUUGUGUCGACUGACUGACUGACUGUCAGUUUUCACACGUGAUGUUGAGUUUAUGAACUGGACCUUCGAUUUCCAUGAGAUCUUCGAACUUGGACGCACUUAUAGACAGUCGACAGUAACAGAAGACAUAACUCUGUUAUGUGAGAUGAGGAUAUUGGCAAGAGAUGGAGUCUUCUAGACACUUAAUGUGACGAUUUGAGAAUAUUUGACAUGCAUUCCUCACCACACAAAUGCAAAUUGUUGCUGCAUAAUUGAUCUUCAGUGUUGUCAUGUCUAACAAUAGGAAGUGAAGUAGUUGAUGAUCUCGACUACUUCACUUACCUGGAAGUCGGAUCAGUCCUGGUGGGUGAGACCAACAAUCGACGAAAUCUCUGCAUAGAUAUAAAUGGCUCGAUCCACUUUCCUCAACUUAUGCUGCUUAUGGCGUUGCCGCGAUACGUGAUUGCCUAUGAAGGGUGGAGUGUACAGUGUUGUGGUUCACUGUAUUCCACCAGAUGACUGUGAAACAUAGCCAUUGAAGGUGUAGAGGAAGUGAGAAGGCUUCAGGUGUUCAGCCACGAUUGCGUUUAUACCAUAGGUGAUGUGUAAUGGUCUCACCACGUCAGUAACACAGAAGUCAGGUGUAGAGUUUUAGAUAAAGGAAGUAGGUCAUUUGAUGUGAGGUUGUAAACUUUCAUUGACUCGGGUGGCUGGGACAUGUGUUGGGCAUGCCUAGUCAGCGUCUACUACACUACAUUGUAAUUGUUAGCUGAAGUAGGUUAAGGUUGAAAGAAGGUUAGGGGAGGUUAGAUUAAAACAUGGUAUCAUUACAUGAGGUCUCCGACUGUUGGCGAGAGCAGUGUACGGAAAUGUAGACUUCCCAGUUGGGAUUGGCGUGACAACAGAACCUAGUGGUUAAACAAUAUGCAUGAAAUGUCUUAUAAUUGAUCUCAAUAGCACAGAUGCAUCGAAGCAUUCUUAUUUUAAUCGUGAUAUCUUGUUUACUUUUCUUUCGUGUACAUGUUGUUCUUUUUCUAAUAUUUUCUAGUUUUGGGUGCUUUCAAUCUCUUUUCUGUGUUUCUUCGUGGUACUCAAGACGUUGAUUUACUGAGAUAAAGUACAAGAAGUUGUCGCUAGUGUGUUCAGGGAGAUGACUUUCAACCAACUGGUCACCGGUUUGAUACCCUAUUUGCCUUCUACAAACGAAAUUAGUAAACCCUGUGCAGCAUUGAUACUUGGUUUGCUGAAACGAAAGCCAUCUGAGCGAUUAAAUCAUGAACAGUUUUUCUCUCAUCCCUUUAUUGAUUUAGGCCAUGUACCAUCUGCACAAAGUAUGGAUAAAGCUACUGAAUUUCUUGAACGCGCACCUCGAUUGGAAUCAUUGGGAAAUUUGUGUGAAGCGUAUGAUUGUUAUUUAGAAGGUCUUAAUCACUUAGUGGCUGCAUGUAAUUAUGAACACUCGCGGUUUCGGAAAGCGGAAAUACGAAGCCUGAUGAGAUAUUACUUGGUAAAGGCGGAGUCUUUAAAAUCAGAAUUGUGUCUCAUUACUCAAAUGAAUAUGACUUGUCCUUCGUCAUCUUCAUCAACAACUCACCAAACUCAGUGUAGAAGUGUAGAGAAUAACUUACCUGAUCCUAUUGUACCAGUAAAAUGUUAUGAUGUCGAUCAACAGCCUAAAAAGAAGAAUGCUCAUCUAAAGAAAAAUCUGUGUAGUUCGAAAACAGAUGUGAAAAGUAGCUGUCAGUCACAAACAAAAAGUAUUGAGCUACCUACUCCUCACCAGUUACAAAGUACAACUACAAAUGAUGAGGUCAAUCAUUUCCAUGAAGAACAUAUAUCGGUAAAUUCGGUUGAGGAAAUUAAUGAAUGCCUGUCUUCGGAUAAAGCCAGUAUCAUUACCCGUGUAAAGCAUUGGCUUUCCUGGCAUAAAAAUGAGAGAAGUGACGAAUCUAAUAGAAAAACCAAUCCUGUACCUACCGCUGUAUUGGUGGACGUGAAUCCUGUACAUUCUUCACAGUUGGCAUCAGAAGUCAAUGACUCUGUUCCUCUACCUCACUCAUCAUCUAGUCCACCCCAGAAUUCUUCAUCAUCUGGAUCAGAUACCUUAGUGGUGCAACGGACGAAUGAAAGUGUAUUUUCCAAUCGGUCAGUUAAUUCUUCAACAAUCGAACCAACCGUCAGACCCAAUGAACAGGUUGGUUGUUCAAAUCCUUCGGAACCUGAAAUUUUACAAUCAGAAUCUGGACUAGAAGUUAAUUCAAUGGAAAUACCAGAUGACAUAAUUCAAAAGUUCGAUCGUACUCGACUUUUAGAACUGGAUGGUUGUAACAAAUAUGUGGUUGACUUUCUGGUCAAGUUUUAUAAACUCAUUUCCAGAAGAUGUUACACUAACGCGUUAUUACACUUCGAAAAUGAAUUCUCUUCAUGUUUAAAAGCAGUUCAAAAUGAUUCCAAUGCCAAGAAUCGAAAUAUUUUACUCGAACAGUUAAAAUUUGCAAUGAAUGAGGCGGAAAAACUGAAGGCAAGUCUUCCUGAUGGCGAUGAAAUAAUUAGUAAUGAUAUGGCCUCAGACUUCCAAGUCGGUGAAGAAGUGUUCGAUGAAAAUCAAGCCCAAGAUCGCUGCACCUCUAUGUGAUAUACAAUAAAAUGCUUUUUCUCCAGCUGAUCUUUGGCAACGUAAGGAAGUUAGACUGAAGCGCGUAUUUAUUCAUGAAGAUAAAUGCACCUAAGAACUGAUUAUGACUUUGUAUAUUUUUUAUAUUUAUAUAUUUAUCUUAUAUUUUCAGCAGAAGUUGUAUCAUCAUUGACUUGUUACUAGCUAAUAUUCAUAUUACUUUCAUAAAUUCCUCUACAUUUUGUACAUAUACAAUGACUCCAUGGUAUUUCUUUCGGAUACUGUCUUUCAUGUAAACCUUUUCCCGUUUAGUAUACUCAUGAAAUAAAUAAUCUGGUUUUUGAGAUUAUGCAAAUACUUUUUCAUUACAUCAUCUACUGUGAGACAUAUCACUUCCUGUAAUCCUCACUGAUAUAGAAGUUCGAUUAUUAAUAUCAUUGUUAUUACAAUCUAUAUUGCAGCUCGCACUAAUUACUUU